AUGGCUCAGGCAGAGCAGGAGAGGGAAAUUAGGGACCUCUUACGGCGCGCAGAGCGACACCCUCUGAAGACAUCGACUUUGCGGCGAGAUGCACUCAAGAGACUCAUUGACCUUGCGCACUCGCCGUAUCCCAAUCUGAAGGUCAUUGCUGCAACAAACCUGAAGCUCUUCAUCAAAGAUUUUCCCGAGCUUGAGGACGACGCCAUCAAUGCGGUCUACGACUUAUGCGAAGACCAGGUUACUCAGGUUCGAAUAAAGGGAUACGCUGCUAUUGUGGAUGUCUCCAAGGAGCAGAACAAGUGGGUGAAGAGAAAUGCGGAUGUGUUGAUUCAGCUGCUACAAAGUGACGAGCCCGAAGAAGUGACGUUUGUCAAACGAGCUCUCACUCAGCAUCUGGACAUGGACCCUGUCGUAACUCUCGGCGUGAUAUGCGAUCAAAUAGUGCCGCCGGAGGAGCCGUUAGAUGAGGAAGAGCAAGGCAUCCGAGACAGGCUGCGCUCAUUAGUGCUGGCCUUCGUCACUGGGGAAGCGAAACGCGCCAUCAUGGAACGCCACACCAGCACUCCCGGUAGUCCCGCUGAGGAAAUGCUCGUCAAUGGAAUGUUCAAGGCUAUCAACAAGUUAACGCCACGGGACGUUGACAUUAUUGUGAAGGAGAUCUUGCUCUCAGUGGCCUCAUUCAAGCCACUAUCCUCGCGAGGGAGGGACCUAUUGGAUGUUGUUCUGGAUCGGGCAAAGUCAGAGUUGAAGACAGAUCUACCUCCCGGGAGUGAUCAUUUGUCUCUCGAGCACUCGCGAUAUUUUCUCGACCUCGCCUCAUUUAUAUCUGUCGAAAAGCGGCUUGCCCAUCCUUCGCACCUCGUCCGGUUUUAUUACACCUCCCUCGUGCCGAAGAUGGUCCUUCUGCGACUGACAGAAGAUGCCCAGAGCUUCAUCAUUUCUAAUGUGGCGAAUACAUUAUCUGCAUGUGAAGAUGGCAGUCAGGAUGUCUCUUCAGGAGAAGACCCCUCGGUACGGAAACAAGUUCCGGAUAUAUGUGCUGCUCUGCUUCAGUUCGUUGCAGAGGAAGAUUUUGGCGGCAAACGACCAUGGUCAGCAUGUCAAGUGCUACUACGUAUUUGCGUUCGCCGCAAAACCAACUCGAAGUGGGUUGUACCAUCUCACCUCGCCGCAAUCCUGCGGAACCUGCAAACCGUGGCGGAGAACCAGGAGGAAGGAGCUAAUGUGGAUGGUCUGCAAGAGAUCCACAGCCUGAUCAGGUCACUCAUCCCGCCCGCCCGCAAACCCAAGCUCGUGGAGGCGGCGCCGGCCCCCGCCCCCGCUGCAGCGAAUACUGACGUUUCGAAAGGUAUGACUAGCACGCAAGGCAACCAUUCCACCGGCAAGAGCGACCGCCGCAUCAUGAAUGUCACCAAGCGGAAAGACGACCUCAACCUGUCGCUGCCACCUCGGCCGCCACCACAGACUGCAGCACCGGCGACCAACCACAGCACAGGAAGCCCCCGGCCGACGGGUCCCUACCGGGAACACCAUAACUCGCAUGCGCCACAACCGCGACCGCGCUCGUCGAUAACGGCGAGUAUCUCCGCGCCGACGAACGGACACGUUUCACCUACGGAUGUCCUCCUACGAACGGGCAAGCGCGCGAAGAAGGGCAGUGGCGGCGAGGGUGGGGAACGUCCCGUGACGCCAUCGCUACUUAGCCGUUUGGGAGGUUCAAACUCGGAUGGCAAUGUCAGCGGCACAGCGAGGCAACUCGUCUCUCCGUUGAUUCCUGCAAAACGUCGUUUCGAGCCACCACCAAUCUCUGCGUCCCGCCUACAGACCAGGCAGGUCGCAAGGGAGGAUCCGGAUAAAGAUCCAGUCGGCGGGUACAGCAUCAGAGGCGCCGCAAGGGCGGCUAAUCGCCCGUCCCCUUCGAACGAUGCGCGGCAGUCAGCGUCGUCGUUGCUAGACAGGAUGCAGGAGGAUGAUGACGAGUGGGAUGUAGGUGCGCGCAAGAAGAAGAAAAGGACAAGGACGUAG